AGAUUUUUCAUUUUUUUUGUGUGUGUGUGUGGAAUGGACGCACUUGGGGGUGGGCAUUGCGGGUUAUGGAACUGGAACCCGUUAUCGAGGAAACCGAGGCCGUCUCAAGGGCGUCGUAUUCGGUCCAAUUCCGGUUCAACCGGCGGCCAGGGUUACAGGUUUCCGUUGAAACAGGCGGUCACCGCUGCCUCCCUUUCCCUCGCCGGCGACACAAUCGCACAGAUUAGAGACCGUUGGUGCAAAGCAAAGGCUGUUAAUAAGCACAGCAAUGACCCUCAGGAUGCGUUGAGCCAAAUUUCAGACCAUGAUUGGCUACGAGCUCUGCGAAUGACGUCUUAUGGAUUCCUUUUAUAUGGCCCUGGUUCUUAUGCUUGGUACCAAUGGCUUGACCGCUUUUUGCCGAAACCAUCGAUUCAGAACAUUGUGUUAAAGGUUUUACUAAACCAGAUUAUAUUAGGUCCAUGUGUCAUUGCUGUUGUUUUUGCCUGGAAUAAUUUAUGGCUAGGGAAGGCCAAAGAGCUUCCACAAAAAUACCAAAGAGAUGCUCUUCCAACAUUACUUUAUGGAUUUAGAUUCUGGAUCCCUGUCAGUGCAUUAAAUUUCUGGGUCGUGCCUCUUCAAGCACGAGUAGCUUUCAUGUCAAUGGGCUCAAUAUUUUGGAAUUUCUACUUGUCAUCAACCAUGACCAAGUAAAAUGCAUGCUGUGUUAGCAAUUUUGCAUUCUUUCAAAUCUGUUCAAGAUUGAUCAGAGUCUAACCGAUUUGGGUGACAGACAGAAAGGGGUAAAUGUGCAAAUGGCUUCCAUGCUAACAUUUGUCAAAUGUGCAAAAGAUUUUACCCUCUUCUGAGAAACUGAUGAUAGCAAGAGAACCAUUGUAAUUGUAAUUGUAAUUGGAACUUUUUCUUUUGUCUUUUUCCCAUGAAAAUUGGAGUAUAGGUAUUACCUAUCCCAGAAAGGAGAAAAACAUGGAAUAUGUGUCAUCACAUGCGUUAUUUUUUAAUGGAAAUCUCACAUUUCUCAGAGUA